CUUCAAUGUGAAAGGUUAAUUCGAGAAAUCGUAUUUCCAAAAUAGAAGCCCUUCAACUAUCAGCUUUUUGAAUCGUCAGUCUGACCUCUUCAGCAAAGUCACAUUCUAAUUGGAAGAUAAUGACCAGUAGACGUGGUAAACUUAUUUGGGGUCUAUGCUUUUGGUCCCAUCGAAGACGAAAGAUCCAAAUUUUAUAGAAGAUGAAGAUCACUUCAAUAAUACUCAUCCUGGAUGCAUGUCUGGUGUAUUUCCUGUUCUUGACUACCAAAAUUGGCACUCUAAUGUCAAAAAGAUACUACCUCAUAGAAAGCAAGCUAAGCAACAAAGGACUAAUGGAGGAAUCUUGCAUGAUCAAGACUCUUUUGAAACAUCACAACUUUCAUCGGGAAAAAGAAGUUUCAUCCAGACAGAUAAAAGUAAUCGAAAACAUAACUCACACACAAGGUCAAUUAAAGAUCGUUUAAAGUCAUUGGUUUCUGAAGACACUCUAAAGAAUGAGCAUAAGAAACGAGGUCGAAUGUUGCAAAGAACGUAUUCAAUUCAUCAUUUAGAAACCGAUGAAUGGGUUCAUUAUGCCAAUAGUGAAGAGUUUAGUGAAAAAAAGCCUGAUAAAAAUGAUACAAACAAGGAGAUUAAGGAUUAUGUGGAUAUAUUAGAAAAUUCAAGAAUCUUGCUAGAUGGUUUACAAGUCUCUCUUACAAAAGCAAAAUUGACCAAAUCAGGUUCUUUUCCCUCCAUGUUAGGCAGUAGAAAUUUAAGGCCUUCUAAGCUAAAGCACAAGCUGAAUGAAUUCUACUCGAUGCCCAAAAACAAAAAGGAUACGGAUAAUUGGGCACGAAAAUUGGAUUUAUCAAAAUUGGAAUCUUUAAUGAUUGAAUUAAAUGAUCAACAAGAUGGAGAGAACAUGGAAGGUGAUCUCAAUAAUGGCAGUGUUAUGUCCAUCAAAAGGAUAUGUUCCCUCAAUGAAAGACAUCCCCAAUUGUUUGAGAAUGGUGAUACUAAGGAAGCCAUUUUGUGCAGUUUUCGAAGCUUGAAGUUGACAAAUCAUAUUAGCAACUCAGACUUCCAGUUAACUGAUUUUUGUUCAUUACCUAUUGAAGAAGAAAGUGGUCAGAAAACACAGGACAUCAAGUCAAACUCUAGUUCACAAGAAGAAAAUCACCAUUUAGAGUUUCAUAUCUCACAAGGGUUGAAACCAUUAUGUGUUUCAGAAGAAGGUAUCAAGAGUGUAAAUACACAUGAUCAAAACGAUGAGUACUUCAAUUAUGUAAGGGAGGUUUUGGAGCAAUCAGGUUUCAUCAAGAAUGGGUUUGAGCAAACAUGGUAUUCCUCAAACCAGCUACUAAAUCCUUCAGUGUUUCAGGGAAUAGAGUCUCAAUAUCAAUGUGAUCCAGAAUCCUUUGAAGAACAAGUCAUUAAAUUAUCACAUGAUUUACAUCGGUGUGAAUUGGUUGAUGAGACUUUGCUUAAAUUGUAUGAAAGAUCAUUCUCGUACUAUCCAAAAGCUUUGUCCUAUUCUUGCCACCUUAGUCCUGCCCCUAGUGGUAAACUUGUUCUUGAGGAAGUGUGGAAGAGUGUAAGCAGAUUGCUGAAGUUAAAUCCCAAUAAGGAUCAAUCAUUUGAGUAUAUUGUGUGGUGGGAUUUAAAUGUGGGUGGUGAUUGGAUGAAUUUACAGAUGGAAUCCGAGUGCAUUGCACUUGAGUUGGAAGAUAUGAUUUUCAAUGAACUUUUAGGAGAAGUGUUCUGAUCUGAAGAUAGUUAAGUAGUAGAUAUUGUGGGUUAAUAGAUUAUGUAAAUAUCUUCAUAUAGUUAGGUCAAUAUUUUGGUGUAUCUUAGGAGAUAAGUGUCCAUGUUUAUAGAUGUUUAGAUACUAUUUUUUAUCAUGAAACUCUUGUAUAUAUACCCUACUCAAAGGGUAACGGAAUCAAUAAUUGGGAAUAUCUUGAUUUUUCACUAGAA